UUUCGAUUCGUCUCGUGUUGUCGCCGCGUCGAUCUGCUGUCUCGGCGCUGCUCUUGAUGCAGUAAAAGUCCGUCCUUUUUAGCUGCCCGCAUCGGCCGCGCGGGGAGAUCAGCCGCCGCCGCCUAGGAUUUUGAAUGGAUCGCUAGUGUGUCGAAGCGGUUGUGGGGAUUGUCGCGGUGAUUUGUCGAUGUUCGCGAGUGGGUGUCGUGAUUGUGUUGGAAAGGUCGAGCCUUUGUGUGUUGUUCCGAUAGAUCUGGGGGUUUCGAGCGGGGCUCUGUGCACAGUGUCGGCUGUUUUGGUUGAGAUGGCGGCACAGACCAAUGGCAGCCCACCUGACCCCAAAUCUGUGGGCAACGCCUUCAUCGAGCAGUACUAUAGUAUUCUUCACAACAACCCACAAGUUGCUCACAGAUUCUAUCACGAAAUAAGUGAGCUAAGUAGGCCAGGACCAGAUGGUCAGAUGAUCUCUGUGACGACGUUGCAGGAAAUUAAUGAAAAAAUCCUCUCAUUAAAUUAUGAGAAAUACAAGAUUGAGAUUUUGACUGCUGAUGCUCAGGCUUCUUACAAGGGUGGAGUUCAAGUUUUAGUUACAGGCUGCUUAAUGGGAGAGGAUGACAUAAGGAGGAUAUUCACGCAGUCCUUUUUCUUAGCUCCGCAAGACAAUGGUGGCUAUUUUGUCUUGAAUGAUAUUUUUAGGUAUGUGGAAGGUGAAUCUCCCUCGCCUGUCUCUCCAGCAGAAAAACAUGAGGAGCUUAAGGCUGUUGAAGCUCCUCCUGUGCCAGAUCCUGAGCCAGCUCAAGUCAUUGAUCCACCUGUGGAGGUAGAGACUCUUCAGGUCGAAGAAAUUGUUCAUGCUGUGGAUAACGGGGAGGAGUCUGCUGAUGGAAAAGAAAUUGUUAUUGAACACGCAGCUGAUUCAAGGGAAAAGGAUGUUAGCACGGUCGCUAUAACUUCUUCUGAUGUUCAAGUUGAUGCUCCUAAGAAGUCUUUUGCAUCAAUUGUAAGUGCUCUGAAUGAUAGUGCUGCACCAUUUCAAAUGAGGGUUUCAGUUUCAAAGCCUGUUGCACGACUGCGUGUGCCUACGACUCCCAAAGCUCCUGUACCUAAUGAAAGCAUUCCUGCUGAAAAGAAUGAAAGUCCAGCAGUAAAGCGCCAUUCUAUAUUUGUCGGCAACUUGCCUUUGGAUGCAACACCAGAUCAACUUGACGCUGCCUUUAAGAGAUUCGGUUCUAUCAAACCCAAUGGCAUUCAAGUUAGAAGUAGUAAGGGCUCGUGUUAUGGCUUUGUAGAAUUUGAAGCUGAGAGUUCUAUGCUGAGUGCUCUUGAGGAAAACUCCAUCAUGAUUGGUACCCGAAAGGCUCAUAUUGAGGAACAGAAAAAAGAUGGCGGUGACAGAAAGGCGUCGCAAGGAAGGGGUGGCUUCCGGAACGAUCACUACAGAAGCCACGGUAGCUUCUCCGACAGGAAGCCCGAUUUCUCGGGACGGAGCGGCGGCGGCGGGGGGCGCAACGGCGGGACCUUUCAGAGGGGGGAGUAUCAGAACGGAGGAGGAAGAGGCCCCCGCCCAACACCUAAGCCGCGAUAGUACUGUCUUUGUGCUGCUCGGUGAUGCUCUGCUUUUGAGCAGUAAAAAAUUGAGAUUCUUACAAAUUUUUAGGUAAUCUUAUAGGAGAUUCUCCGGGUUUAGAUUGCGGCUUUUUCAGAUUUUGAUCGGUAGUAAUUCCAGAGAGAUUGCCUUUGAAUUCCCUACUAUGACGAUUUGCUCUUUAGACUCUCUGCUCCUUUUAGUUAAUUGGGGAAAAAUUUUUCCCCUUGUAACAGAAUAAUUAUCUGGUCUUCUUUUUUUAAAAAAAAAAAUUCCAUCUAUAUGAUUUUCCGCC